AGUUAGAAUAGAGAAGAAAAGUGAUGAAUGAAGUGUAAAGAGAAUCGCAUGUAUUUGUUCCUUCUUUAACGAUUUCUUCAUUUCACACCCUUCGCAUUCUCCGCCACCUUCUCAAUUCUCUCCUUUUCUUCAUUCUCCUUUCUCUUCAUCUUUCCACACACCAACCUCCCUCCAUGGCGAUCAAUAUGCAAGCAGCUUCACACUCUCUGCUCUCUCUUAAUCACAACAUACUACUGCCUGUCACUUCCACUGCUGGGCAGAGGUCAUCCUUAAUUUCAAGCUAUGGGAGAUGGAAUGUGCCUUUUAGCUCACAGCGACGCCCAAUUCACCUUACAGUUUCUUGCGCUGCUAAACCGCAGACAGUGGAAAAAGUGGCCCAAAUAGUAAAGAAGCAGUUGGCUUUACCAGAUGACUCUAAUGUUACUGGCGAUUCAAAAUUUGCAGCUCUUGGGGCUGAUUCGCUGGACACAGUUGAGAUUGUGAUGGGACUCGAGGAGGAAUUUGGCAUCAGUGUUGAAGAAGAUAGUGCACAGAGCAUUUCAACAGUUCAAGAAGCUGCAGAUCUUAUUGAGGAUAUCAUCAGUAAACAGAGUCCUUAAAAGAAAAAUAUAUCAGAUGUAAAAUGCUGUUGGUAGACAUGCAAAGUUAUUAUUAUCCUUAUUAUUUUUUAGUACGGGUGGUCGAGUCUCGAGUCUUUUAUCAGCAUAGUCUGCUACUGUCUUGUUUCUUAGGCCUCAAGAAAAGGCUGUGUAAUCCGUUUUUACUUUCUUUGGCCAUCAACAAGGGCUUAUCAAAUUGUUUGUAGCACUUCAUGUUAUUGAGCAUGCAAUACAUAAAUUGCUGCAUAAUAAUGACUAAUGAGCAUAAGUGAUUGAUGUAACUUCUCCACUGA